CGCCUGAAGAAAUAACCAGGUCAGCAAGGGGUCUUCACACACUUAAAAACCCCUAAAAACACACAAAGCACACUCAACACUUUCAAGAAAGCAAAUUCAAAUAAAUUUCCAUCUUUGGGGUUUUGCCGCUGCCUCAUUUUUACCUGAUAUCCCAAAGAUUUUCAGAGUUCUACAGUUGAAUUUUUCAUCUUUUUCCUGGCAGCUCUAUGAUGGAUCCUCAUUGGAGAGCAUCUCACACCCCCUUGCCGAAUUAUGGCGAAAAUAAUGGUUCGAUUCCGCUGCAUCCUGAACCGCUUUUGGCGACCCCCAUUAGUUGUGUUCCAUACACUGGCCCUCCUCUACCGGACAAUUAUCCUGCUUCAGCAUCACCAGAUAUUAAUGCUGGUUCAGUUCCCGUUGAAGUUGAUACAGCGUCAUCGUCCACACAUAUCAUCACUCAGCAGCCUGCGAUGGUUUUUUUCACUGCUUGUCCAGCCAAAGAGGAGUGGGAUAAUCUCAUAAAUCGUGCUAAGGGUGGGGUUGCACUUACUGGAUCGGCUUUGUUGGGAAAGUUUGGACAACUUAUUGGAUCAGUUGAUAUUGCUGAAUCUGAGGAUGACUAUGUAUUUCGUGUCUCACUCCCUGGUGUCGCAAGGGACGAAAAAGUCUUUCGCUGUGAUGUUGGACCUAAUGGGAGAAUUGUCAUAAAAGGAGUGAUCGUGACAGGAGAGAACAUGGUUUGCAGGGACAAUAUGGUUUUUAAGAUGCAAACUCACAACCUAUGCCCACCAGGAGAAUUUUCUGUUUCAUUCCAGCUACCAGGUCCAAUUGAUCAUCAACACUUAAAAUGUGUUUUUGGAUCUGACGGGAUUUUUGAAGGAGUUGUGAGGAAAAAAAGACAACAGUGACAUAUUUAGAUCAAAAUCUUUCAGCUUGGUAAGUUCCUCUUCAGUCCAGUAGUCUGUUU